AUGGUCGCCUCUCGAUUCUUCGCAGCGCUUGCCGCCUGUAGUCACCUCGCCUAUGGAGCUUGCCCGUACAUGGAGGAUGACGCUCGAGACCUUCCGGCCAAUCACCGUCUAGUUCGACGAGACGACCCCACGGCUAUGCCUACUGACGAGUUCAUGUCACAGUGGGAAAUCAACGACGACGACUCCUACAUGACAAGCGAUGUCGGUGGGCCCUUUGAGGACCAGGAAAGCCUCAGUGCAGGGGAACGAGGUCCAACGCUCUUGGAGGACUUCAUCUUCCGUCAGAAGAUAACGCACUUUGAUCAUGAGCGCGUCCCCGAGAGAGCCGUCCAUGCCAGAGGUGCUGGUGCGCACGGCGUUUUCACCUCUUAUGCGGACUGGUCUAAUAUCACCGAUGCGUCCUUCUUAAAGCACGCGGGCAAGGAAACGCCUGUCUUCGUUCGCUUCUCUACCGUCGCCGGCAGCCGUGGGUCCGUCGAGACGGCCCGCGAUGUACAUGGAUUUGCCGUCCGAUUCUACACAGAUGAAGGCAACUUCGGUGAGUGCUUCGCUUGCUAUGGUAUCUCCAACCUUUGCCCGUCUGUCAACGAACAUCGUCAGCCUACCGUUGCACAAGCCACGACGCUCAAGAAGACGGUGCCUGCAACAAUACCGCCAACUAGCGCCCCGUACAAACGCGUCGCAGCUGGAGCGCCUAGCAGCGCUCCAUCCAAGCACAUCGUUGGAAACAAUAUUCCGGUCUUCUUCAUCCAGGACGCCAUCAAGUUCCCCGACCUUAUCCACUCUGUAAAACCAAUGCCGGACCGCGAGAUUCCUCAAGCCGCAACCGCCCAUGACACCGCGUGGGACUUCUUCAGCCAACAGCCCUCUACACUUCACACUCUCUUUUGGGCUAUGAGCGGGCAUGGCAUUGUACGCUCUUACAGGCAUAUGGACGGAUGGGGUGUACAUACAUUCCGCCUCGUUACUGGCGAAGGCAAGACGAAGCUCGUCAAAUUCCGAUUCAAGACUCUACAAGGAAAAGCAUCACUGCUUUGGGAAGAGGCGCAGGCCACUUCGGGCAAGAAUGGUGACUUCCAUCGCGCAGACUUGUGGGACAGCAUCGACAAGGGUCUGUAUCCGGAAUGGGAGUUUGCGGCGCAAAUCAUGGAGGAGGAAGACCAACUGCGCUUUGGUUUUGACCUUCUUGACCCUACAAAGAUCGUGCCCGAGGACCAGGUACCUUUUACGCCUCUCGGGAAAAUGACUUUGAACCGGAACCCUCGAAACUAUUUCGCAGAGACCGAACAAUAUCAACCUGGUCAUAUCGUGAGAGGAGUCGACUUCACGGAUGAUCCGCUCCUCCAGGGUCGCUUAUUCUCCUAUCUGGAUACACAGAUCAAUCGUCAUGGAGGCCCGAACUUUGAACAGCUUCCGAUCAAUCAGCCCCGCGUGCCUUGGCACAACAACAAUCGGGACGGUGCUGCCCAAAUGUUCAUCCCAUUGAACGUUGCGCCGUACACCCCAAACACGCUGAACAACGGCUUCCCGCUUCAGGCGAACCAAACAACAGGCAGAGGUUUCUUCACCGCGCCGAACCGUUCCACCGGCGGUAAACUCGUCCGCUCCGUCUCGUCCACGUUUGCCGACGUGUGGUCUCAGCCGCGCCUCUUCUUCAACUCCUUGCUCCCUGCGGAACAACAGAUCAUGAUCAACGCCCUGCGCUUCGAGAUUUCCAUGGUCAAGAGCGACAUCGUCAAGAACAACGUGCUUAUCCAGCUCAAUCGCGUAAGCCACGACAUCGCCUCCCGCGUGGCUCAAGCGCUUGGCAAGACUGCCCCUGACGCUGACCCAACCUACUACCAUGACAACACCACUAUCGGGGUCUCAGUAGCCAAGGAUCCGCUCUUGAAGGUUGACGGGUUCAAGGUUGGCUACCUGACGUCGACUUCCGCGUCAGGCAACUCAAGCGCAUCGUCUCUCCGAACCGCGCUGGCUGCUAUGAACGUGGACCUGAUUGUCGUUGCCGAGGUGCUCGGCGGCGGCAUCAACCAGACCUACUCUGGGUCUGACGCCUCAAACUUCGACGCCAUCGUUGUUGGUGAAGGCACCGAAGCACUGUUUGCUGCGCCCUCUAGCCUCGCAAACCUGAACACUACUUCCGGCAACGGCACCACGAGCACGCAAUCAACGCUAUACCCCGCGGGUCGUCCGCUUCAGAUUCUGCAAGACGGGUACCGUUGGGGCAAGCCCGUCGCUCUGCUUGGAUCCAAUAGUCAGACAUUUAGUGUCGCCGGCAUUGAGGCCGGCACUCCAGGUGUCUACUCUGGUAGUGAUAUGGCUUCGCUAGCAAGCGAUCUGGUCGAGGGACUGAAGACGUUUAAGUUCUUGGAUCGGUAUCCGCUAGAUCGGUAG